CGACUACAUACAAAUCAAUACAUACCCAAAUAUGCCUACGGAGUUGGAGGAGCUCGUCGAGUUCCUCCACCAUGGCAACACUCAGAUCCGUCAAAUCGCCGCCGAGAAUCUCGUGGGCUACUCAACCGCGCAACCGGCCUUGUUCAAACGCAACCAACUCGAACCGAUCAAAGACCUCAAGCUGCUAGUCAGAGACUAUGCGCCCAUUGCGAAAAAUGCCAUCACAAUGCUAGUUAAUCUUUCCGACGACAGCGAGGUCCUCGAGAAUCUAGUCAGCGACGCAGAAUUUCUGGAGACAUUACUGCAAAGAGUGACAGACGCCAAAGAACCCCACGCAGACCUCCUCUGCAUGCUCCUCGCCAACCUCGCCAAAUCCCCGCAAAUCACAAACCUGCUCACCCUCAAGCGCGCCGACAUCCCCAAACCCCUCUCAACAAGUCCCCUAGCCAUCGACCAGCUACUCGACUGCUUCGUCAAAGGCGCCAAAGGCAGCUACAACGAGGCGGCCAACUACGACUACCUCUCCUACCUCUUUGCCGAUUUAGCCAAAGACGCAAAGGGCCAGGCGUACUUCCUUGCUCCGCGGGCGGAGGACGAGGGCAUUGUGCCGAUUACGAAGCUGAUUGUCUUUACUGAGCACUCGUCGACGAUUCGGAGGCGCGGAGUGGCGAAUACGAUUAAGAAUGUGUGUUUUGAUGUGAAUGCUCAUUCGCGCUUACUUGCUUCUGAGGGUGAGGCGGGUGUGGAGGAGGGAGAGGGUAUUGGGUUGUUACCGUAUGUUCUGCUGCCGCUUAUGGGGAGCGAGGAAUACGGCGAGGACGACACGGAAGGCAUGCUGGACGAGUGUCAGCUUUUACCCCCUGAUAAGGAGCGGGAUAAGCAGGCCGACAUUCUCAUUACGCAUUUGGAGAGUCUCCUUCUGCUAACCACGGAAAAGGAGAGUCGACGGCAGCUGCGUGCGGUGAAGGUGUAUCCGAUUGUGAGGGAAUUGCAUCUGCAGGUCGAGGAUGAGGGCGUUCGGGAGGGUUGCGAUCGAUUAGUGCAAGUGCUUAUGCGGGCAGAAGAGGGCGAGGAGACGGAGGAGCCCAGUGUGCCCAAAAUCCAGGAGAUUGAAGACGAGGAUGAGGAUGAGCAGAUUGUGGAUGUUGUUUAG